CAAUAAAGUACUUACUUCAUAUACAUGGUGCUUCUUUAAAAUUCAUUCUUUUACAAUGCGCAAUUAUAGGCACCUCAUCCUGGAUAUAAAUUGAUAUCCUUUAUGCGUGUAAACAUACAUACAUAUACGUAUGCAUAUCAACAAGAAAUUUAUUGACAGCGUCUGUUAUCCUGGCAACAAACUCACUCUUAGCUAACCUUUUUUCCCUUUAACCAUUAUCCUGUAAACUGUGAAUAUUUGUAAUCCGUAAUUAAAAAUGUAUAGACGCAGUCAAAAUGCGUCGCGACAUAUCGUCGAUCUAGCAGAUGCUUUUGUUGCAAUGUCUGCAGAGGAGAAUCUUAUGCAAGGAAUAUCUGGAGGAUCAGGUGAUGAUGCCACCUUCGAUGAAGUCAUUGGAUACAUAGAGGAUUUGCUAAUGGAGGAAGAAUUUCAGAUGACACAAAAAAAUUUUUUGGAGAAAUAUUGGUAUCUCUUUGAACCAGUUGAAGAAAAUAAAUUAAUUUAUAAGGAUAUUUUCGAUGAGUAUAACCAGAUUAUCGAAUCCUUCAUAGAAAGCAAUUUAAAAAAGGCCAUUCCACAUUUUUCCAUGGAUUCCUUGCUACAUCAGUUGAAUGAAAAGCGCUCGGAACUGGAUGGGGAAGUUUUUGAAAUUCUAGCUACAUUUACAGAUUUUUUAGCAUUUAAGGAAAUGUUUCUUGAUUACAGAGCAUUAAAAGAAGGAAGAGUGCAAGAUCUCAGUAGUGGGAUUUCCAUUACAUCUGUAAAGUCCAUUAAUUUAAAUGAUGAAAAUCAGGUAGAAUGAUACUAAAGAUGGCACACAAAUGUAGCAUACAAACAGUAAUCCGUCCAAAUAUAUUACAUUUUAUCAUUAUCCUAAAUUGAAAUAAGAUUCUACUCAUAUGACAAA